UGGGAUGAGACGUCCGGGCUGGACGAGGAGGAGAAGACGACGGUGCGCACUUAUGAGAUCUGCAACGCUGACCUCGCCGGUCAGAACAAUUGGCUCCGCACCAAGUACAUCCAGCGCGGCCCCGCCCACCACGCCUACGCGGAGAUCACGUUCACCAUGAUAGAGUGCGCCUCCUUCUCCCGGGGCGGCCGCUCCUGCAAGGAGACCUUCAAUCUCUACUACUACCAAGCCAACUCCGACCUGGCCAACGAGCACUUCCCCCCCUGGAUGGAGAACCCCUGGGUCAAGGUGGACACGGUGGCGGCCGACAACCUGUCCAGGCAGAGCCGGCGCGGCAGCGGCAACACGAUGCGCUCCAACGUCAAGACUUUGCGCCUGGGCCCAUUGAAGUCGGCUGGUUUCUAUCUGGCCUUCCAGGACCAGGGGGCGUGCAUGGCGCUUCUGGCCGUCCGUGUCUUCUACCGCGUCUGCCCCGCCGUGGUGGCUUCUCUGGCCAGCUUCCCGAAAACCGUCCCGGAGGGGUUGGUGGUGUCGGCGGAGGGCAGCUGUGUGGAAGGAGCGGAGGGGUCGCUUGGGAGGAAGCCGACCAUGUACUGCAGAGAGGACGGCGAGUGGGCCAAGCCGGCGACAGGAGAGUGCGUGUGCACCGCCGGGCGGGAAGAGAAGGAAGGGCGCACCAAAUGCACAGUUUGUCCUCCGGGAACAUUUAAACCCAACACCGGAGAGAUGCCGUGCCAGCCCUGCCCGGCCCACAGCCUGUCCACCGCCUCCGGGGCCACCGUGUGCAACUGCAAGCCGGGGUAUUUCCGGGCCCCCGGGGACCCCAAUGACCUGCUCUCUUACCAGGAUCUGGAAAAGCCCCUUACCAUGUUCCUGAAGACCCCUGGCAACGAGGCCCGUCUGGUGGGGCUCCGCACAGGCACGGUGUAUGUGGUACAGGUGCGGGCGAGGACGGAAGCUGGGUACGGGGCGUUUAGCGGAGAUGCCCUUUUCCGGACACUUUCACAAGACUCGGAGAAGGCUCAGCCUCAGGUGGAGCUGAUCGCUGGGACGGCCGGUGUGGGGGCAAUCCUGGUGAUCGUGGUUAUCGUUAUCGCAGUAGUGUGUGUACGGAAACAUGGGAGCCACAAGGAGCCAGAGUACUGCGACAAACCGGGCCAGUACCUCAUCGGACACAGCACCAAGUUGUACAUCGAUCCCUUCACCUACGAGGACCCCAACGAGGCUGUGAGGGAAUUUGCUAAGGAGAUUGAUGCCUCCUAUGUGAAAAUUGAGGAGGUCAUUGGAGCUGGUGAGUUUGGUGAAGUGUGCCGCGGCCGGCUGAAAGUCCCAGGUAAAAAGGAGAACUACGUGGCCAUCAAAACGCUGAAGGGCGGCUACACGGAACGCCAGCGGCGGGAGUUCCUGAGCGAGGCCAGCAUCAUGGGGCAGUUCCAUCAUCCUAAUAUCAUCCACCUGGAGGGAGUCAUUACCAACAACUGUCCUGUCAUGAUCAUCACCGAGUACAUGGAGAACGGCGCCCUGGACUCCUUCCUCAGGGCGAAUGAUGGUCAGUUCACGCCAAUCCAACUGGUCGGGAUGUUGCGCGGGAUCGCUUCUGGCAUGCGGUACCUAGCGGAGAUGAACUUCGUUCACCGGGACCUGGCGGCACGGAACAUUCUAGUGAACAGCAACCUGGUGUGCAAAGUGUCUGAUUUCGGCUUGUCCCGGUUCCUGCAGGAAGGAUCUACCGACCCGACGUAUACGUCCUGCCUGGGUGGGAAGAUCCCGAUCCGCUGGACAGCACCAGAAGCCAUCGCCUUCCGCAAGUUCACCUCGGCCAGCGACGUCUGGGGCUACGGCAUCGUCAUGUGGGAGGUCAUGUCCUUCGGGGAGCGGCCGUACUGGGACAUGUCCAACCAAGACGUAAUCAACGCCAUAGAGCAGGACUACCGGCUCCCCGCACCCCCCGACUGCCCGUCCGCGCUGCAUCAGCUCAUGCUGGACUGCUGGCAACGCGACACCCGCCCGCGCUUCGCGGAAAUCGUCAGCGCCCUCGUCAAACUCAUCCGGAACCCCGCGAGCCUGAAGAUCACCGCCAGGGAACAGCCGGGGGACCUCCUACGGAUGGGCAUCACCCUGGCCGGCCAUCAGAAGAAAAUCCUAUCCAGUCUACAACAGAUCAUUCCGCCGGAGAAACUUCCGCCACUUUCCGCGCCGUGUUACUAACUGUUUUCAUAAGACU